AUGUCCUCCCAGAAACCUCAGAAAAUUACAGUAGAUACUAAAUCAUGCGGUCCCCUCACUGCAUACCUACACGGAGGUCGUGUAGGAAAAGAUGUUGCUGCUCUCACAGUUCAUGAUCUCGGAUACAAUGAAUUUUUUGAAUUUGUAAAUAACGAGCACAUGAGCCAGCUCACUCAACGCGUAUUUUGGAUUCAUGUUGAAGUACCUGGGCAAGGGGACAACAUGCCUGAUCUCCCGUCAGACUGGAAAUUUCCUACAAUGCAAAAAAUCUCGGAGGGUAUCUCAGAACUUUGUGAUAGCCUUGAAUUGAAACAUGUCGUUGUUAUUGGUGAUGGUGCUGGCGCAAACAUUGUUGCUCGGCUUGCUAUGGCUCGAGAAGAUAUUUGUCUUGGAGCUAUUCUUAUUCACUGCACUGGCACAACUGCUGGAUUCAUGGAGUCCCUUCGGGACCGUGUGAACUCAUGGAAACUGAAUACAAUUGGUAUGCACCCGAGUGUAGAGAACUAUCUGGUACUUCAUCGUUUUGGUGUGUUUAUAAAAGCUACAACAGAAGCCGAACUUCGGGGGGCUAUCAAGAAUUUCCUCCAAUCGCUCCGUGAGAACAUCAAUCCCAAAAAUCUCAAUAAGUUUAUCCAAGCUUUCAUGGUGCGAACAAACAUCACUGAUUCAAUUGGAAACUUGAAAUGCCCAGUCCUCUUUAUCACGGGCUCAGUUGCCUCCUUCAACCACACCGUCUACACGCUCUACAACGCCCUUAUGAAUGCUCUGAAGGACCAGCCGGCGCGUAAGGCCAAUGUGGAGAUUCUUGAGAUUGACGGAGUCGCCAAUGUCAUGCGGGAAAGGCCGGAGAAAGUUGCUGAGUCGGUGCAGAACUUCAUGCAGGGAUUGGGUGUAGCUAGCGGUGCGGUCAACAGACGCCUAAGCGCAACUGGAAACGUUCCAAAGAUCCGCAACCGCUCGGCAUCCAUGGACGAAUACGACCAGCCGGUGGGAGUAAAGAAUCUCAUUUACGACAAUACCCGGCGCUAUUCCAAGGCCACUGACAUACCAGAAAUCUCGGAGGUGGGCGAUCACUAA